AUGCCCGCGCCGCCUCGAGGAGAGUUCAACAACAUCACGCUCACGCGGAACCCGGACUACUUCUUCACCCAGCGUGAAGUGGUGCCGCUCCGUAAGAUGACCACACCGCUCAGUUUACAGCAGCAGGGCGGCCUCCGGAGACUCGGUGGCGUUCCCGACACCAAACUCCCACUCGCGAAAACCACCACCUCGGCUCGGAAGCUCACGGAUUACAUGAAGCUGAACGUGCGCGCCACGAUCGAGCCGUGUGAUAAGUACAGCGAGCCAGUGACGAGCAACAUGGCGUACGGGUGGGGGUUCAGGAUCCCGCAGUAG